UCAUUCUUUUUUCGAAGCGGUUGUUUUCAUAGUUAUCGUGUUUAACUUUAUGGUAAUAACAACUCAACGCGAGCAGUCUGCUACAAACUAAUACACAAAAUCGUUUUACCAAUUAAAUCUGAGAUUUAUUCAGAGUUUUAUUAACUCAUAUUUUAGCAGCAAAUCAGGAAACUCAAAUAAAGAUCUCGAGAACAAACUUCAAACGAAAUUGCGUCUCUGCUCAACUGACUUUGAACAAUAGUCUCAGCGCCUAACUAAUUCAAAUCUCACAACUCAAAUAUGGCCGCUCAACAUCCCAAACCUUCCAUAGUUGCGUUCAAACACUUCAAUGUGGAGUCGGACGCGCAGACACUGCGAGAUGCGAUGAAGGGCAUGGGUACUGACGAGGACACGAUCAUUGAGAUCAUGUGUGCGAGGAACUACGAGCAGAUCAGUGCGAUCAAGAAGAGUUUCCAGCAGAUGUUCGGACGGGUGCUGGCGGAUGACCUCAAGAGCGAAUUAGGCGGCAAGUUUGAGAAGGUGAUUCUGAAACUGCUCAUGUCGCCGAUGGAGCAAAUGGCAACUACGCUCAGAAACGCUGUUAAGGGUGCUGGCACUGACGAAACUGCAAUCAUCGAGAUUAUGUGCACCAGCACCAACGAAGAAUUAGCCGAAAUCAAAGCAGCCUACAAAACACUGUUCAAACAUGACUUGAUGAAAGAUCUAGUGGAUGACACCUCCGGGGACUUCAAGAGACUCUUGGUGAGCAUGUCCGCAGGAGACAGAGACCAAGGCGGACAGGAUUUGAGUGAGGCUGAGGCCAUGAGCUACGCACAGAAACUGUUCGAUGCUGGCGAGGGUAAAGUGGGCACUGAUGAGGAGGCUUUUAACAUGGUGAUGGCCAGGAGGGGUUUCCACCAACUGAGACAGAUCUUCCACGCCUAUGACAGGAAUCUCAGUCCCGAGAAUGGCAUCGUUAAGGCCAUCAAGUCUGAGUUCUCCGGAUCUAUCAAGGAGGCAUACGUAGCAACGGCUGUGACUGCCCUGGAAGGUCGGGAGGCCUAUUUAGCUGACCAGCUCUACCAAAGCAUGAAGGGUUUGGGCACAAAUGACAACCAGCUGAUUCGCUUGAUUACCUCCCGGUCCGAGAUGGACCUCAAGGGAAUCGCAGUCCAGUUCCUGAAGCGACACGAAAAGACACUGGAGGAGUUUGUGGUGGAUGACACAAGUGGAGACUACGGCAAAUGUCUGCUGGCUCUCGUCAAGGGCAAUGCCCAAUAGAUGGAUACAGAAAAAUUAAGGCAAGGAAAACCAGAAAGGAGGCUGAUUAAAUCCUAAUGUAUCAAACUAUAACUUAAUUUUACAAAUCAGCUGAUAAAAAAUUGUACAAAUUUCUACUCUUUGAUACGGUGUCGAGGAUAAAUUGAUAAGAAUACAAAAAACUA